AUGUAUCCCCGCCACCAUUCCACGCCGAAUCCCCCGGUGCCUCCCCACCGCCCCAACUCGCGCACAAUCUUCCAACAAAACCAAGCGCAGUUCCAACAAAGCAUAGCCUGCAACCACCGCGGUCCAAACGGGGUCCUCUAUAGCAGCGAGAUCUGCGAGAUCUGCUUCUGCCGCAUGAAUGACGUCCCCCUCGAGGAACCCCCUCUGAACCUCCCACGGAGCCAGACUGUCCCAGGUACCCCUUCAAGUUCCCCACUAGACUUGGUCGGCAGCCCAACCUGGGUGCGGCAGGCGUUAACACCGGAUAAAGCAGUAACCCAGUUCAUGCAGAACCGUAGUUUCGCCAACAUGAACUUUGUUGAGAACAACAAUAUCAACAUCGUCGAGAGCGAUAAUAGUAUACCUCAUGCAAGUGGCUAUGGGACGGACACUGUGGGCAGUCGUCUGUUUGACGCGGACCCGAUCGAUAUCAACUCUACACGAUCCGACCCCCGCCGGGUCUUGAGGCUGCCAGUAGCGCAGCCAGAGUUUGCGGGUGUGGACACGAUUGCGAGACUCAACGAUGACCCAGUUAGGCUGGACGACAUGGCUUUUGGAGGGGACUUUGGGACCUGGCGUAGCAAUGGGACUAGGCGUAUGAAGUUUGAUCCGCCGGUCAAGCCUUUGAGUAUGAAGAGCAUUGAAAAAAAGGGUGUUAGGGGAUUCCUCAAAAGGGCGUUUGGAAGGAAACGCACCUAG